GCUGUUGGGCCUCAUCCACCAACGCUCCAGACCCAGUCUCCAAAACAUGGUGGCCUUCCAGUCCUGACAUGUGCGGAAGAAGCACCUGCCCGGAGCUCACGGCGGCACAGCCGGCUCCUCACUGCGGCUCCGGGAGUUGGACGAGCCAGCUGCGCAGGAGAGCUCCCCCGCGAAACGCGUCAUGGGACACGGGAGGAUCGCUGCCGCUGUGUGCACCUACACCUGAGGACCCUGUGGAUUUAAAUCAGUUUUCAGAGAGGGAAAUAAGACUCUCAGAUUUACUCGCUUUUAAGAAGAAACUUUCAUCACUCAGUCGGAUUUGUGUGCCUCCUCCAGCGACUCCUUCACUUUAUUCAGACGCACGGUUUUGGGGAGUUUGGAUAAGAGUUGGAACGAUGGUCUCAUCCGACUGCUUCAAACUGGUCGUUUUCAUCUUCUGCUCAUCACUAACAAAUGGGCAUUUGGACAAAGAGCGUUCCCCUAAGAUUCUUCCCUCUGAGGAUCCCCUCAUCCUUCAUUAUGGCGAUUCAUUAAAUCUCAUCUGCAGAGGUCAUGGCCCGCUGAACUGGACACGAUCCAUUUCAUUAGAAGGGGUGAAGACGGAGCCGUGUGAUCCUAGACAUCACUCUCAUUCCCACUGCAGCAAUCUCACAGUUACACGUUUGAGCGCCAAGGACACAGGGGAGUACAGCUGUAAAUACUCCAAAGAUGGUUCAGACCACAUCACCUCAACCUACGUCUAUGUCAAAGAUUCCAAGCAACCUUUUGUGGAAAUUCAUCAGACACCUACCAUGCUGCCAGUCUACAGGCAUGAGAAGAGCCUCACUGUGCCAUGCAGGACGUCCUCUCCUGAUGCUGUAGUAACACUUAGAGGGUUCCCACUAUUAUCAGAGGACAUUGUUAAGAAGAAGGUUUGGGAUCCAAAGGUGGGAUUCAAGAUUCCCUACGGUCCCCUCACUACGUACGACUUCCUCACCUGUUACACCGUGGUUAACGGUAGUGAGUUCCAAUCACCAUACUACCCCAAAAGACUGACUACCGUUCUUAAAAAUGUAAAAAUCAACCCAGAGCGUGUCAAACUGUUGGUUGGAGACACCCUCAUCCUCAACUGCACGGGUGAGACCACCUUUAAUGGAAGACUCAGCUUUAUGUGGGAUUUUCCAAAGAUGAGAGAAAAUCGCCAUUAUACGAAUAAAUCCGAUGUCAACAUUGCCUCAGCCCUUGUGAUGAGCGGUGCUUUAGUGUUGCCAAACGUUACCAUGGAGGAUAAAGGAACGUACCGCUGCAAAGCUGUGCUUGACCACACCAUACACCAGAAUGCCACAGCAAAAGUCAUCAUCUAUGAGCAUCCGUUCCUCAACGUCUCCUACAGGCACGAGCGGCAGAGUACAGUGACCCUCAAAGAAGGUAAAAAGAGGCAUGUGUUUGAACCCAAGGUCAACGCCCUGCCCCGAUCAGACCUCAUAGCAUGGUAUAAGGAUGGGGUCCUUAUCAUGAAGAAUUCCACCUGUUACAAGAUGUCUGGCUUCAGCUUGAUCAUCACGGAUGUGCAGCAGAAACAUGCUGGGGUCUUCACCAUAAGCCUUGGCAGCCAAUCAAAGGGCUUGUACAAGAAUCUGAGCUACACUCUGUUAGUCGAAGUGAAUCCAACAAUUUUAGAGGCGGAACUUGCCACCGUGGACUUGCAGCCUUACAUGGUUGGCAAACAGCAUCAGAUACCCUGCACCGCUAGUGGGUUCCCCCUGCCAACCAUCAGAUGGCUGUGGCAGCCAUGUCUCUUGGAUGCUACUCUUACGGAUUGCAUUUUUAACACUGAACCAAUCCCAGUCAGCACUGAUGACAAGGCAAACUACUCGCACAACUGGAUUAAGAGUAUAAGCUCCAAGUCAGAACUGGUUUAUGGAAAAAACAAGACUGUGGGUACGCUGGUGAUUGGAGAGGCAAGGGUGUCGGGAAAGUACUCCUGUGUGGCCCAGAAUGAGGAUGAGUUCAGCACCCACACGACCCCCUUUUAUGUGUAUGAUAACUCUGAGGAAAUUAGCACUGAGCCUCGGAAAGCCAUCGAAGGCGAUGACGUCACUCUGACCUGUCGGGCAGCUCGCUACCUUUACACACAUCUGCGGUGGUUGGACUCCACGAAUAAAACAGUCACUUCCAAUGUAUCCAGUCUUCAGCUCAGCCGCUACUCCAUUUCCCUUUCUCUCCAUCUGCAUAAUGUGUCCAAAAACAGCUCUGCAGGGUACAAGUGCCAGGCAUACAAGCUGCACCAGAGGGUUGAUCUAAAGAAAGCUGCACUUAUUGUGGAAGCGAGAAAAAGCCCCUGGCUGAGUCAAAAUCUGACGAAUCAGGAUGUGAACAGUAGCAGCACCCUGAUGCUGGCUUGCUUCGCUUUGGGAGUUCCUCAACCCUACAUCAUGUGGUACAAAAAUGGUGUUCAAGUGGAAGAAAGCCCAGGUAUAACACUAGGGGAAGACGGGGUCCUGACCAUCGAAAGGGUGAAGAAAGAUGAUGAGGGUCUGUACGAGUGUGUAGCCAGUAAUGACAGGGGUGUUGUGAAAACAAGUGCAGUCGUUACCGUGCUCGGGGAUGAAGGGAAGCCAAAUGUUGAGGUAAUAAUUCUAGUGUGUACGGGAGCCGCAGCCACCUUCCUCUGGCUCAUGCUUAUCCUCUUCAUCCGCAAGCUAAGGAAGCAACCAGCUCACUACAAGAUGGGUCCAUCGAUCAUCAUUGACCCUGAUGAGUGUCCACUCGAGGAGCAGAGCGAUCUUCUCCAGUAUGACAGCAACAAAUGGGAGUUUCCCCGUGACCGUCUUCGCCUAGGCAAAACUCUCGGCCAUGGAGCUUUUGGGAAAGUGGUGGAGGCUUCUGCCUUCGGCAUCGAUAAGCUCUCGACCUGCAAGACUGUUGCUGUCAAAAUGCUGAAAGGAGGAGCGACGUCCAAUGAGCGGAAAGCUCUGAUGUCAGAGUUAAAGAUCCUGAUCCACAUCGGCCAUCAUCUGAACGUGGUCAACCUGCUGGGAGCCUGCACGAAGCCUGGAGGACCACUGAUGAUGAUCGUGGAGUUCUGCAAGUACGGCAACUUGUCUAACUAUUUGAGAGGCAAGAGAGAAGAUUUCCUCGUCUACAAAAGUCAGGACGGUAAGGUGGUGUCUUCGGGAUCAUCCUGCCAGCUGAGUGAGCUGAUGAAGCGGCGCCUGGAGAGCGUGGCCAGCACCGGAAGUUCAGCCAGCUCUGGGUUCAUCGAAGAUAAGAGCUACUGCGACUCAGAGGAAGAGGAAGAAGAAUCGGAGGAUUUAUAUAAGAGAGUCUUGACAUUGGAAGAUUUAAUUUGCUACAGUUUCCAAGUCGCUAAGGGGAUGGAGUUCUUGGCCUCACGCAAGUGCAUCCAUCGGGAUCUGGCUGCACGAAACAUUCUGCUUUCAGAGAACAAUGUUGUGAAGAUUUGUGAUUUUGGACUUGCCAGAGACAUCUACAAAGACCCUGAUUACGUGCGCAAAGGAGAUGCCCGACUGCCACUCAAGUGGAUGGCACCAGAGGCCAUUUUUGACAAGAUCUACACAACCCAGAGUGAUGUUUGGUCCUUUGGUGUUCUCAUGUGGGAAAUCUUCGCUCUGGGUGCGUCCCCGUACCCUGGCGUGCAAAUUGAUGAAGAAUUUUGCUGCAGACUGAAAGACGGGACAAGGAUGAGGGCGCCAGAAUACUCCUCCUCUGAAAUAUAUCAGACCAUGUUGGACUGCUGGCACGGGGAGCCACAGGGGCGACCCACCUUCAUUGAGCUGGUAGAAAGGCUGGGAGACCUGCUUCAGGCCAGUGUGCAGCAGGAGGGAAAGCACUAUAUACCUAUCAACACAGCCCUGCUGGAUAAGGUGGGAGACCCCUCCAUCACAGCGCCAUCAGAAGAGACACCCACGCGACCCAUCUCCCACUGUGACUCAGGGAGCAGCUGGAACAUCAAGAUCCGUCCUGCUAGUGUGAAAACGUUUGACGAGGUUACCAUGGAGGACGGGACAAAUGAGAACCACGAGGGCGGCCAGUCAGACAGCGGGAUGGGCCUCUCAUCUGACAACAUGAAGACACUGAAGCGCCUCGAAUCGUUGGCUGGUCGACCACUGAGCAUUAUGGCUCUCGCGAUGAAGGCAGUGAGUAAGAGUAAAGAAUCUGUGCUGUGUGACCCAGAGAAGGAGAAGUACCCCCCCACUGUUCCCUCUCUGGACUUCAGCCUGAACGACUCUGUGCUGGACGACUCAGCUCUGGAAGUCGGCCUGGAGUGUCACAGCCCGCCGCCCGACUACAACUAUGUGGUGCGCUACUCCACCCCACCGGUCUAACUCCCGCUCUGCCCCUUGGCAGCCUAAAGGCCUUCACUUUGUUCUCCUUUGUGUUGACUCUUAUCUCCGAACUGUGGCAGCAUUUGAGAGGAAAACCUACAAGGUUCCCUCUUAGAACUUACGCUCUGAAACCGCUCGUGAAUCUACUCCACUGUUACUUCUGCAUCUUCCAAAUUCCGGAGCGUCCACUGUAGACUGUUGAUUCCUCACCAGUUAUCAGACAUUAGCUCGACCCUAAAGCUACUGGUCCGUUCCACACUCACUGUGAUUUGUCAAACAGCUGAAAACAGGCUCAGGUAUUUCUUUCAUCUACUGUGAAAACAAACCGCGAUGAUUCCACCUUCACCACAGAUCUAUACAAACUGCAUCAAACAAUAAGUCCCAGAAAAGAAAGGAGAAAUUACAUUUGUCAAAUUUAUAUUGAGACUAUUUUAUAUAUUGUUUUAUAAUUCAUACUGGAAAAUCUGUUAAGUAAAGAUCAAGAGGCUCUUUAUGAGGUGCAGCUUCUUUUUCCAUAGGAUCUUGGCUAAAGUUCAGUUUUGCUAAAAAGUAAAAAGCAGAUAAAUAAUGUUGAUGAUGAAUUGAGAAAAAUGUUAUUUGACGCAUAAAUAACAAAUACAAUCCUGUAUACAAAUAUAUCAGCUGAAUGAACUCAGGUUGGCCCAGAGUGACAGAGGAGAGGACUGCUCUGUCAUGAGGUGGUGGAUAGUUUCUUAAGCUCUCUAAGUUAUGGGAAAUCCCAGGUUAAUGGAGGAAACAGGGUAAAGCUGAGAUUUCACAAUACAGCUCGACCACGAUAGCAUUUCAGUGACGAGUCAUGUUCAGAUUCCUCCUGCCCCAGAUCUAGUGUUGAAGAAACUCAAGCUUUUUUGUUUGGUUAAACUAAAAAAGAGCGAAGGAAACCAGAUGUGUUUAUUUUCUUUUGUAUAAACUCAGUUGGAAAAACAAAAACAGAACAAAACGUAAUAGAAACUGUUUCUUUAGAAAGUAUUAGUAAAAUAAACUGUGUAUUUAUUUAGUAAACACUGUCACUUGGUGUUCACCUAGAUUAAGAUAUAACAUCAGUCUUCCUGAUAUCAACAUGUAACUUUAACUCCACACAUACAUGCUGUUUGUGCUGCUGUAUAAACUGAUAUUAAAGCUGAGGGAAUCUGCUUCUGUAGGAAACAGAAAAUGUGUCAGUAUUGUCUGUCCUUCAUCUUGUGCUGAGUGUUAGUUAAAGCUUGCAGGGCAGGCUACAAAAACUCUGCAUGUGUGUGAAGUUUUGUUCUUCCCCACAGUUUGAUUUCCUGUUAAUCUCCAUGUUUGAACAACAUUUCAGGCAGAUUACUUGUGAUACACGAUGUACUGUGUGUAAACUGGACCGAACCUUCAUUUGAGCUCAUGAGUCUCUGUACACACACCCUGUAGAGAAGCGGUUAGCUCGUACUUAUUGACCCCGUUCCAACCUGGUAUUCACGUCUGCUCUGAGUGAUCCAAUCACUUAGUUUAGGUGUGAACACACCCAGAUAAGUCCUGAAUGCAUCCUGACAUCCGAUCACUCAACCCACAAUCAGACGUGGUCUGGGACUCAUUUGUCCACAUUCUUCUCUCUGUGUGAACGCAGAUGAUUUCUUUGCCUACUCAGCUGACCUCUAAUAGUUUCAUAAUGAAUCAAACACAUUUUAACGCCCCUCACUUACUAUACGCUGAUUUGUUUGUAACCACAAUAUAACCACUGACCACCACAAAAUGACUUCAAUUUUUUAUCAAAUGGGUCAAAUCUUUCUGUAGACACAAAUGUCACAUGUGAUUAUUGCAUAUUGAGUGGCUGAGUAAGAUUCGAUCACAUGCACAAGACAUAUUCAGGAAGUUUUUUAAUUUAACUUAGUGCUUGUGAUAAUUUCGCUCAGGACAAAUGUUAAUACCAGGUCUGAACAGGGCCUUCUCUGACUAAAGAGAAAACUGUAUUUGUCGGUGAUAUUUUGAAUCCAGAGAGCUGUUUUAUUUGUGGACCAAUUUGUUCAGUUUGUGUGGAGAGGAAGUGAUGAUGCACUGAUACUUUAUAUCAAGUAUAAUGUUUUUUUGUAUUCUAAAGGUAUAUUAUUAUGAAACAGUGUUGAGGGUCACAUUUUAUAAAGAUGUCGGAUUUUUAUUUUGCAUUUUUAUUUAACUCUUAACUCUAGUGCUUAGUAGGAAAUUAAUGUUCACUGUACUUGUAUUAUUUCUCUGCCUAACAUCGUCAUGUUCACUUAUUAUAACCCAGUCUUUUUUAUUUUAGUUACUCCUCUCACAAUAACAACCUUAAUGCAAAGAUAAAUUAUUAGUAUUUGGAUUUUGUUCCUUUUUUUUUUCAUAUAUCACAAUGAGUAAUGAUUCCUGCAGCAGCUCAAACAUCAACGUAGCUUUUUCUGUUUUGUUCGUGUAGCGUAACAAGUUAGUUUGAGUGAAAGUGAUGUUCCCUGACACUGUUAACUGAGCAUAUGAAGUAAAUAAAUGAAUAAAGA